UGGCGCCUCUUCUGGUGUAUACAACUGUGUGGAUACCGGCGUUCAUAAUUGGAUAAUGAGUGACCAAGAAACCAGACAGAAGCCUUUACCAUUGUCUCCUUACUGAAGGGAAAUUCAGGAAUCCCAUUGAAGGCGACGGGAUUUCGACACAGACUGACGGACUGUGAUUACCGAGCGAGAAUGUGUGACCACGAUGUGAUUAACAACGAGCCACGCACAGAAGGGAGGAGCUUUGAUUGACGCUUACAACAAUGCGUGCCUACGUAAACAGCGACAGUUGACACCCAUUGGCUGGGCCGUCUCGGUCCUCUCGGUGGGCGGUGCCCUGACUCAAUGAAUCUAACUAAUAAUUUGGAAAACUUACAACCCUACAAAUAACAUUAUACCAGUUAGCGGUCAAUCCCUUUGCCGGACCUAUAUAAGGAACUGGCUAAUUUUAUGUCUCAUUCGAACUCAAAAUAUAAAUGAGUGAGCACACCAAUAUUUGUCACAUAAUCGAAGACUGUUCUGAAUCUAUGAUGGACUUGUGAUACUUCGGAUAUUUGUGUUCUUUAAAGGUAAAUAAUGAAUAGGACUAAACGUGUAUUCGUCUAUUUUACCUUCUGGGUGGUAUUGGCCCUUGGGGCUGUGUUGUUGAAUAUAUUCAACAUAGACUGGUCAAAAACAAACAUAUUUCAAGGAAUACUCCUGACAGUGGUGCUAGGCGUACUACAGGGUUCCGUGUUGGAGUUUCCAGUUAUGACAGUUGCUACGCUCCUUGUCGGAGGGGAUAGACGAGAGAAUGAUCGAGUUUCGGGAGACCAGUUCACCAUCGUCCUCAACUACAACCUCCUCGCCGUCAGCAAAGACGACAUCGACGAGUGUCUGCAAACCAUGUACGACGCCUACAUGGGAAACCUGUCUGAGAACGCUUGUGCCGUGUUAGUGAGCGCUACCAAUUCAGAGGAACUUAAGACUUAUGAGCUGGAGGUGAGAGAUAACUUCAGAGCAAUGGUGUACGACGAGCUCUUCAGGGAAGGGUUAAAUUAUGCUAGUGGGGAUCGAGACCUUGUAGACUCACUUCGGCUACAACAUAUCUGGUCUAAAUUCGACGAUAUGGAUCGUAAUAUUUUCGUUCGGACUUAUUUAGAUGAAAUAUGUGAUCGCUUUGCUCGUGAUUUCAUGGUUGUACACAGAGUGAGCAGAGUGUUAAGGAAAUGUGGACAGUACCAAGACUUAAUGCUUUUAUCUCAUGGUGAUGACGAGGCCUACACAUAUACAGAUAAAGACUUCUAUGGAAGGCAAGCCAGGCCAUUUGGGCAGCCUUUGUUCCAUGACUCUGAAGAUGUGGAGAAUAUUUUCGGCCGCCAGUUUGACUAUACGUUGGUUCUUGACGGCGACACUGGUGUUGUAAGGGGAUCAGUGUUUCAGUUGCUAGAGAUAGCUGCGGCCAACCCUGAUAGAGGCAUCAUACAACCAGCCAUUAAACUCCACUGUACAAGUACAGACACUAUUUUCAUGCAUUUGGAAAGAAUGAGACAGGCUAUUUAUGAACCCAUGACAAACGCCAUAACUGCUCUCCUGGGACAGUCGUCCUAUUUCGGUAAAGCUUUGAUCAGGAACUCCGUUUAUAUUGAGAACGUCAUAGGAACCAGAGACAAUCUCAUAGAGCGGGUUCCCGUUGAUGUACUCAGCCACGACACAUUUGAAGCUGCUCUUCUCAAGCCACUGUACGCCGGGUCCGUUUACCUCCUGGAGGCGCCCUCCUACAACUACGUGGCCUGGAAUAUUCGGGAAAGACGGUGGAACAGAGGUGAGGUUCUGUUGUCCAUGUACUUUUGGAAGAACGCCAUCGGUAUACCAAUGCGAUGGCUCCAGAAGAAGCUUCAAGGAGAGAAGUUCAAUGCCACCAAACUGAGAACCGAGUCAAAGCUGGACUUUGUCACGUCGUACAUUGCUCACUCCGCCCUGCGUCAGAUGUUCAUGAAGCCGCUCCUGCUGGCAUACAUCAUCAUCCACUACCAGACACAUCUCCGUUAUAGGUACGCCUCCAUCAUCAUCGUCAUGUUCCUCGUCCUCGUCUUCCCAAAGUUUGCCACCUGCACCCGAGAAAACUACAAGUUUGUGUUCCUCGAGACUGUCGCCUCCAUCCUCCAGUUCACACCUGAGGCAAUGGUGGGAUGCGUACGAAUCGUACGGGCCAUUCAGGCCAAUAUUAGUGCAUCGGUGAAAUGGGUUCCCCAGAGAGCCGUGGAAGAGGAAUUCAAAAACUCAAAUCCUUUUAUUUCGAGCUGUAAACAUUUAUGGGGCUACAACCUGUUCGCAGUGACAUGUGCUGUGCUUGUGGGCUUUUUUGCAAGCGAAGCAUUACUGAUUCUCGUGAUGCUCGUGACUUUGUUUUUUUUACCAUUUUAUACAGGGUUCACCUCACUUACACCAGACUUUAAAUCAUCCAAGAGUGUGAUGGAAAAAUAUAAGGCAAAUGUGGAGACAGCAAUAAGCACCAUUGCACAGCCCGACAAAAGGGUGGGCCCACAAAAAUACGUAUUUACAAACAUUGCCACUACUCUCUCAACCCAUCCGGACGCUAACACGCGCUACAAACCCUUCGCAUUCCGUGGCCACUAUAACGUUGUGUAAAUACUUAGAAAUCCCUAACCAAACACUGGCCAGUUGCAAAUAGCAUUAACAUGGAUUCUAUAGAAUCCCAUCCAUCGUUUCUACGUGUUCAUUUUGCUCAUUCUAUCGGAACAAUUCGGAUUUCCGAGGCAACCAAGAUCGAUGGAGGAUGUUCCGAUUGCUCAUUGUUCUUCACAGUCAGUAUCAUGCUCAUUUCAUGUUUUGAACUUUGUAAGGUUGAACGCUUGUGAAACUGAUGUAGUCAUAUGCAAUAGCUUUGUCUCGAAUAUGUGUGUUAUUACCAUGUGGACUAUUGGAUGCUGCAACGCGCGCUCAAGUGACAUGCUUCCUGUUCAUUUACGCAAUGUUCUGCGUUGUUGGUGCUUUAUCAUUAAGUUACAUAUUAUAAUAUACAUUAGUUAUGAAAAACUGGUCAUUGACUGAUAGCGUUAAAAGGAACAUCUUUGUCAUUGACAGUAAGGAUAUGUUCUUCAUCCCCAGAAACAACAUGAAUCAAACACGAUAUGAUUUGCCCCAAAAUUGAUAGUGCUCUUGUUCAAAUGGUGGGGUAAAACCAAGAAAAUGCGAAUUACAAGCUAUUUUAAAAAUUCACAAUAAAAAUGACUUUUUGAACCCCUUGAACCUUCUCAUCUAAAAUUCUAAGCUGUCGUGUAGUAUUUAAAGUAUGUUUUCUUAAUUUCUAAAUUUGAGUUUAAUAUUUGCCCCCAUGGUAAAAUCAGUGCAACGCAAUGCGUUCUUAUUGUUUGAUCUCACGAGCUUCGAAUCAAACUCCCGAACACGAAUGACAGAGUUACACUUUUAGAUGGCACUGAACCCAGUUUCAUGUAUGAUCCCAAUGUAAAAAUGUGAUUUAUUUAUUUUUGAAUGUUUUAUACGUAAGAUAUUUUUAUAUUAAAUUAACUAAAUAUU